UUUACAACAACGUUAGCAAGUGAGCCGUACAUUUUGCAAGCAAUGAAAACGGAAACUCAAGCAGAGAAGCGUAAGAGCAUAAGCGAACUCCAUCGAAGUAGAUACAAGCGCAACAGCAUUUCGAAAACCAAUGAAGAAUCCCGACGUCGCCGACUGGCCAUUGACCAAGCACUUCGCCGAAAACAUCGCGAACAGCUUAUAACUGCAAAGCGGUUCCGGCACUUGACUCAGAAAGAAGAGUAUGAGAGUGCUGGAGAGGAUGACGGAGACUACCCGGUCAAUUACGAAUUGAAUACUCACGAUAUUUCCAAACUUGAGGAGGAGUUGAAGAGUAGUUCCCACGAAGUUCGACUUGAUGCCGUGAAGUUUUUGGGAAGAGCACUUUUCGAUCCAUCGAAAGCGGUGCACGACUUUGUAGUUGAUGGCGAUUGUGUCAAUUUACUCACGCAACUUUUGACUGCUGGAGAUCCAGAUGAACAGCUCCAAGCUGUCGUCGGCAUAACCAAUAUUGCUGCUGGAUCUUACGAAUUUUGCAUUAAGGCUACAUCCACUAUUCCAUACCUUGUCUCGUAUCUCAAGGAAUCCAACGUAGCAUUGCAAGACCACUCUGCAUGGGCGCUAGGUAAUAUGGCAGUGGAAAGUGAUGAAAUAAGAUCAAUGCUGAGAAAGAAUGGAGUCCUACAACCUUUGGUCAAUUUACUCGAUUCCUCGGAUUCCAACUUGGUGCAAACUGCUUGCUUUGCUUUAUCCAACUUGGCUCGUGGUCCGAAUGCACACCUUGAAGAAUUCUUUCAAGCCGGUAUUAGCCCUAAACUGGCAUCCCAUCUCAUCAAUAACACACCUGACACCGUUACUGAAAUAUGCUGGGUUCUGAGUUAUUUGACGGCUGGAAGCGAUCAGUUCAUUGGGCAACUGUUGAAUGAAGGAAUUGCACCCUUGCUUGUCCAAAAUAUGGAACCGCUACACUCACAAGGUGCACUGGCUUUACCUCUCAUUCGUACAUUUGGCAAUAUUGCAAGUGGGCCAGACGACUAUACUGAUAUCCUCAUCAAGGAGCAAAUAUUCUUACCUGGUAUUAUCAGCUUUUGCCAGUCAGAUUGCAGGCCUGUCAAGAAGGAAUCGCUUUGGGUCCUUUCCAAUAUUACAGCUUCCCGCCGCCCCGAAGUCCUUGAAAAGGUCAUUCAAGCGGGCGCCAUCCCAAUUCUAACCGAAAUUGCCUCACAUACCAAUUUCGACAUACGCAAAGAGGCGGCGUUCAGCUUGACCAAUAUUGCCUGCCAUGGAACCAAGUACAUACAAGCGUUGCCCAACAAUGUUUUACUACCAGGAUAUUUGGAAUUUGUACGGUCAGAGGAUCCAGAGCUGAUCAAACUCGGUUUGACAUAUCUGCAAUUGCUGCUGACCCAUGUGCCUGAGGGAAAGUCGCUUAUGCAAUCCAUUCCUGAUAGCAUCUAUGCUCUUGAAUCAGUCACACUCAGCACCCAUUCCGAUUUGUGUCGAACCGCCAGCGUUUUGAUGGACACUUAUUUCGGAGAAAACAACGAAGGCGUUGAACAAGAUAUACUUGCCUGAAAGGAGGUGCUGUGUCGAUAUAGGAAGUACGAUGUAUAGCCCAAAAAAAUGAAAGGGACCAAAAAAAAAAAAAAUAGGUGUAAAUAAAUUCUUGCUUUUUCAUACUUACCCCGUUGUCAUAGUUCAUUCACACUUUUGAUGGACUGCUUUGCACAUCCACCAUAACAUAUCCGAAUAAAGGGGGGCUAUGCGAUACCAGGGUAAAGGCAAGCAAUAAGCGUUGCAGAGAAUCAAUUG